CUGCAAACAAAAUUAGAGAAAGAAGAUUAGAGAGAGAGAGAGAAGAGAUGUUGAAGAAAUGGAUUCUGAUGUUGUUUUCUGUAUCUGUAAUUCUCUCAGUGAUCACAGAAGAUUCUACUGUAAUUUCAUCAUCAUCACCAGCAUCAUCAUCGUUUUGGUUUAAUUCUUUGGUUGGAGACCAGACGUUCACUUUCUCUGCUAAUCAAUCUCUUGAAUUCGAUUUCUACCGCAAUUCAUGUCCAAAUGCCGAGAAGAUAAUUGGAUCUACACUUUUACAACUUUACAACAAUGAAUCUACUGUUGCUCCGGCACUUGUUCGAUUACUCUUCCAUGAUUGCUUCAUUAUGGGAUGUGAUGCAUCUGUGCUGUUGAACUCAACGAAUGGAGUAGAAGCUGAGAAAGAUGUAAUACCCAAUCAAUCGCUGAAAGGAUUUGAUGUAGUUGACAAGAUUAAAUCCAGUGUUGAAUCGGUUUGUCCUGGUGUUGUUUCUUGCUCUGAUAUUCUGGUUCUUGCUGCAAGAGAUAGUGUUGUUCUGAGUGGUGGACCUUUCUAUCCAGUUCCUACAGGUAGGAGAGAUAGUCUUAUAUCUUACCCACAAAUUGCUAUAAUGGAGCUUCCAGCACCAACUGAUGAUCUCUCUGUCAUCUUGGCAAAGUUUCUCCAUAGAAACUUCAAUGAACAAGAAACAGUGAGUCUAUUGGGUACUCACAGUAUUGGUGUAGUUCACUGCAAUUUCCUAACCGAAAGAAUGUCCAACUUCAAUGGUACCGGCCAACCAGACCCCAGUAUAGAACCUGAGUUCCUGAAAGUUAUGAGACGGAAAUGUGAAAAUAAUUCUAACUCAGAAUUCAUCGAUAUGAAGAGCGACGGAGCACCAGAGACAGGGUUUGGGUCUCACUUCUAUCAAAGCUUAAUCCGGAAUAAAAGUAUCCUCCCGUCUGAUCAGCAACUGAUGAGUGUGGAAAAAACUGCAAGCUGGGUAAGAGCAUACGCAGCAAACAAUUUCUUGUUUAUAAAGGAUUUCUCCAAAGCAAUGAUAAAGCUUUCAAACAAUGGAGUACUUACAGGACUGGUAAUGGGACAGAUUCGAGUCAAUUGUUCCUCCACAUUGUGAUCAAAGAUGGUGGGUGCGUUAGAGGAGGGUAACUCUUUUGUUGGUGGUUCAAUUUAAUCUUUUGUUGCUUGUGUUCAGUCUGAAGUUGGUUUUAUUUGACCAGAUUGUAUUUUCUGUUAUUUUCAGUUUUUCCUUCUCUUUUAGAUAGGGUAUGAAAAUCAUUUUCCUUGGCGUUUUUACAACAAUUGGUGUUAUUUGUAACCAGAAGUGCAAUUAGGCUCUGCUCAUAGGCUAAAAUUUCAAAUAAACACUAGUUU